GCAGUUGCAGUGGUGCAGAAUGGCUGACCUCAGUCUUGCAGAUGCGUUAACGGAGCCGUCUCCAGAAAUUGAGGAAGAGAUAAAACGGGACUUUAUUGCCACACUGGAGGCAGAGGCCUUUGAUGAUGUUGUGGGAGAAACUGUUGGAAAAACAGACUAUAUUCCUCUCCUGGAUGUUGAUGAAAAAACCGGGAAUUCGGAGUCAAAGAAGAAACCAUGCUCAGACACCAGCCAGGUUGAAGGUACUCCAUCUUCUCAAGCCACAGUGCUCGCUAACGGUGACCACGGAAUAGAACGGAAUGAUGUCACUGGGUUUCCAACUGAAUUCCUUGACGAGAAGGUAGCCUACCAGGGAUUUCAGAACAGCCAGAACUGGCCAGAAAAUACAAACUUUUGCUUUGAACCUGAGCACGUGGUAAAUCCUAUCCAGACUGAUCCCUUUAAGAUGCACCAUGAUGACGGCCUAGAAGAUUUGCUCUUUCUCUCCAGUGGAACAACCAAUACUUCAGCAUUUGUAGAACAAAAUGAUUCCCUGAAAGAUAGUUAUGGUGUGUUACCCUGCGACACACUCGCUUCUGCAGCUGUAGUUGCUCAAGGGUGGUCUGCGGAAGCCCCAGACCCUGCAUGCUUGGGAUCCUUCGAUUCCCCCGCGGCCGUUCCGCAGCCUCUGCGGCCCACAGCAGAGCCAGCUGAGAAAAUAGAAAUGGCAUCAGGAGAAGAGAGAGCGCCAGCAGAAGCAUUGGAGAUGAUGAUGAAACUGCAGGCUACUGACAUGGCGCCAUCUCGAGAAGCAGAGAUGGUCCUGGCUAAAGAUGUGGUGCCAGCCACAGAGACAGAGGUGGCAUUGGCUAAAGACAUGGAAUUACCUACCAAACCAGAUGAGGCGCUGGUCAAGGACAUGGAAUCAUCCAUCGAAUCAGAUAUGGCCUUACUCAAGGAUGUGGUACUGCCCGUCCAAACAGAGGAAACUGCAGUUAAGGAUGUUGUAUUGCCCACAGAAGCAGAUGUGUCUUUGGACGAGGACAUGUUACUGUCCACAGAAACAGAGGCAUCCGCAGCCCAGGACGUGCUACUGUUCAAAGAAACAGAGAGCACACCACCUAUUAGAAUGGAUUUGGCCCCAGCUGAGGGCACAGUCCCACCUACAGACCAAGAGAUGGCCCCAGUCAAGGGUGUAGCAUCACUCUCAGAGGUAGAGGCGCCCCUGGAUGAGGACAUUGUGUCAUCCACAGAAAUACCCUCAGCCAAAGAGGUAGCCCUGUCCUCAGAAACAGAGGUGGCCCUGAUCAGGGAAAUGAGAGCACCCCCAGAAACAGAGGCAGUUCUAGACAAGGACAUGGCUGCACCUCCAGAAACAGAAGUCAUCAUGCCAGUCAAAGACAUGGCUCCACCCCCAGGAAUAGAGAUGACCCUGGCCAAGGACGUGGCUCCAUGUCAAGAAAUAGAGGUGACCCUGGGCAAGGAUACAGUUUCACCUCCAGAAACAGAGAUGGCCCGGGACAGGAAUGUGUCUCUGCCCCCGGAAACAGAGGUCACCGUGGCAAAGGAUGUUGCUCAGCCCCCUGAGACGGAGAUGAACCUGGCCAACAGUGCGGCUCUGGCCAAAUUCUCAGCAGCAGAGGUGGUGCCAGUUCCCGUUAAGGACUUGGAAACUGCAUGGACCCAGGAAGCAACAAGUGAGGAUUCCCAGUUAAAACCUCUCCAGGAUGAGGGACAGUCAGCUGUACCUGUCAGUCAGACUUCACCAGAAGCAAUCAUGGCCAUGGGCCAAAAGCACAGCUUGCCAACAGAUGAGGAUUCUGUGUUAGAAGAACUAGAGCAAAAGAAACCAUCCAGUCAAACUUCUGAGCUUGCUUCAGAGACUUCAGGAAUAGCCAAACCAGAAGAAGGACAACCUGCUGGAAGCGUGUCUGGAAAUGACAUCACCGCCCCUCCAAACAAGGAGCUUCCACCAAGCCCAGAGAAGAAAACAAAGCCUUUGGCCACCACUCAACCUGCAAAGACUUCAACAUCGAAAGCCAAAACACAGCCCACUUCUCUCCCUAAGCAGACAGCUCCCACCACCUUUGGUGGGUCGAAUAAAAAACCCAUGAGCCUUGCUUCAGGCUCAGUACCAGCUGCCCCACCCAAACGCCCUGCUGCUGCCACUGCCAGGCCUUCCACCUUACCUUCAAAAGACGCGAAGCCCAAGCCUGUUGCAGAGGCGAAGAUUCCUGAGAAGCGGGUCUCUCCAUCCAAGCCGGUCUCUGCCCCAGCUGUCAAACCUGGCUCCAAGAGCACCCAGGCUGUUCCCAAAGCCCCAGCAGUUGCGACUCUUGCUUCACCUGGGUCAAGCAGUAGGAACCUCUCCACACCCUUGCCCAAGAGGCCCACUGCAGUCAAGACUGAGGGGAAACCUGCAGAGGUCAAGAAGAUGGCUACAAAGUCUGCACCAGCUGACUUGAGUCGCCCAAAGAGCACCACCACCAGUUCUGUGAAGAAGAGCACCGCUGUCCCUGGGACAGCACCCCCAGCAGGGGCUCCCAGUCGAGCCAAGCCCACAGCCACGCCUCCCCGGCCCUCGGGGACUCCUCCUGCGGACAAGAAACCCACAGCAGCCAAGCCCAGCUCCUCUGCCCCGAGGCUGGGCCGCGUGGCUGCCAAUGCUUCUGCCCCUGAUCUGAAGAAUGUCCGCUCCAAGGUCGGCUCCACCGAAAACAUCAAGCAUCAGCCUGGAGGAGGCCGGGCCAAAGUAGAGAAAAAAACAGAGGCAGCUGCUCCAGCUCGAAAGCCUGAACCUAACGCAGUCACUAAAGCAGCCGGCCCAAUUGGCAAUGCACAGAAACCGCCUACGGGGAAAGUCCAGAUAGUCUCCAAAAAAGUGAGCUACAGCCAUAUUCAGUCCAAGUGUGGUUCCAAGGACAAUAUUAAGCAUGUCCCUGGAGGUGGUAAUGUUCAGAUUCAGAACAAGAAGGUAGACAUCUCUAAGGUCUCCUCCAAGUGUGGGUCCAAGGCUAACAUCAAGCACAAGCCUGGUGGAGGAGAUGUCAAAAUCGAAAGUCAGAAGCUGAACUUCAAAGAAAAGGCUCAGGCAAAGGUGGGAUCCCUCGAUAACGUGGGCCACCUGCCUGCAGGAGGUGCCGUGAAGAUUGAGACCUACAGGCUGACGUUCCGAGCAAACGCCAGGGCCCGCACCGAUCACGGGGCCGACAUUGUCUCCCGCCCGCCUCACUUCCCUGGCGGCCCCAGCUCAGGCAGCCGGGCCCCUAGCUCCCCGCCCCAGGCCACCCCCCAGUCUGUGGCUCGGGCCCUGGGCAGCCCUCUAGGCACCCCCUUUCCUCCCUCCUUCCCUCCCUCCCUCGCUUGCCCAGGGCAGCAGCAGUUCCCCCCAACGCCCACGUUCCUUUCACUUCCCGCCCCAGGCCCAGCUCCCUGCUUGGCUCGCAUCCUCACCACUUCGCUCACCACUUCGCGCCACUGCUCCACGAAGAGGGUUGGGUGGAAAAUGGGGUGGGGAAGAAUAAUUUUAGGAUCUUCUGAGACCUGGGGUGUAGGGGCGAGCUGGAUCCCAGCAUCCUCUUCAUUUGUUUGGGUUUUUUGGACCAAACCCAAGAGAAACUGACAUACCCUCCCUCCUCGCUGGUCCAUCUGGAGGGAAGAGUGGAAGCGGACAUCCACAUGAUGGCUGCCGUUAACUGCACCCCCUGGAGCCUGCUAAGCCACUGCCUCUUCCUUUGACCCUACGAUGGUGCCCACCAUGCAGGUGGUACCAGGCGCCACUUGCUGCCCUCCCCGAGUUAGUCAGAGGCAGCGUUGCCUGUCCCCGCUCCUCCCCAUACCUGCCUAGCUGCUGUUUAUCUUUUCUUUUUUAAUAACCUAAAAACCAGUGGAGUAGUUUUGCAGGUUGAAGCCAUGUCUAAAUGAAAGUCCUCAGUAGGUGUUAAAGGAAACAGGGAGGGGAGAUCCUGAAGCCUCCAGCUGGGAGGUCAGGCGUCGGGAGCUGCCCUGGCUUGGGCAGCUCGGGGCCCCAGCCCCAGAGAUGGUGUGGGCAGGGCAGGCGUGGUGUGGGGGCUGUGGGCUGGAGAGCAGGCAGGGACCGCUAGGGGCUGAUCAGUGUGGACUGGUGGUUCUGGCAUUUCGUGUGUAUGCUGCUUUUCUUUUCUAACCAAGAGGCUGGUUUGGGCAUCGGUUUGUCUCAUUCCCUGGGAUCUGGUGGAAGACAUAAGGUUGGGACUGGAGAGGGCCAUGGAGGUCAAAUUCCUCCAAGCCUGCAGCCUGGGACACUGCCAGGGAGCCCGAUGUGUCCGGCACUCGUGGGUAGUGGGGAAUCAAGGCUGGAGAUUUAGAAAUAAGGACAUGUGAUGGGCCAUCCAGGCUCCCUUGUAGCCUGACUGGAGAGGGGAGAGAGGAGAGGUGAGGCCAGCCCAGCCUGAGGAGGCGUGUCCCAGUUAGGCCUGGUCUUGGGAUGGCUGCAAUGAUUAGCCCUGGGGAUUAUAUUGACAUGAAGAUUUCUUAUUGCACUUGUAUUUUUUGUAUUAAAGUUUGCAUGGUUUCUAAUAAAGGAUUAAAACGUAACAGUUUGUAGUGAAAUGGCCUGGGAGUCUCCAAGCCUUCUCCUCUGAAGUGUUUUCUGCAGUGCAGACUUGGCCCCUCACCCUCCCACUUCCUCCUCAGGCGUCCCCUGGCGCUGAGGUGGGGGGGCUCCCGAACUAAGCUUCAUUCAGAUUUGAUGUCCGUGUAGUGGGAGGGUGUCUGGGCUGGGAAGGUUCUCCCUGUUUCUGAGGUUAUUAUUAGCAUUUUCUCCAGGGAGGUUCGACACCACAUCCUCAACUCCCCAAGCACUACCAGGGGUAGAAAUUGUAGGGAUCUUGUGGAAAAAGCACUUCUGGAGCCAGAGGCCAUCCAGGGUGCUUCAACAGUGCCAGGGACAUCAGGGUGUCCGUGUUUUGUCUGCAGAAAGGGGUGAGGGAGGUGGGGUGACAGUGCUGGGCCUCAAGGUACCUGCACCCAUGUCGAUGCUAAAGUGGACGACAAGCUCUGGGUCUUCUUACUCCUUUGGCCAAAAGCAGUAGAGGUGACCCCAGUGGAGGGCCCUCGAGGGGGCGCUGGAGUGGUCAGUAUUCUGAAGGGUGGUCUGGUCACACUUGCCGUGACAGAUCCCAGCAGCUGGAGCAGCUGAGAAGGCUGCCCCGACAGGUGGGCCCAGGGGCCCUGCGUGCUCUGCCCUGCAGCCAUCGGGGCAGGGACGUUUCUGUGCUUCCCCAUUUGCUUAUGGCUCAGCCGUUCCCCAUGUCAAUCUGUGAUUCUGUUGUAACGAUUUCCAGAGUAAAUAAAUCUCUUCUGUCCCAGA